AUGAUACCCGGACGACGGAAGUUCUCUAGAACAAGGACCGGGUGUUGGACAUGCAGGCAAGCUGGAUAUAAGUGUGAUGAAGUCAAGCCAGCCUGUGGGCGCUGCACAAGGCUCAAGAUCGCCUGCGAAGGCUAUGCCCCUCGACUGGUAUGGCGCGAUACUGCAACCCCAGAAUCAGGUGGACGUAGCAGGAAACGAAAGCAGACCUCAGAAGAGGCCCCAACUUCCGGUCUGCGUUAUCACUUUGCAACGCCAUCUACCACCAGCACAGGGCCCGCACCUCAAUCAAUAAAGUCGGAAGAUGCGGUGGACGUGGUGCCGAGAGAACUGUUGUCGCCUCACAGCAGCCCUGCUAGUAUGGCCCAAGGACUACGAGUCGAGGAAUAUCGCCACUUGCACCAUUGGACUACAGUUGUAGCCCCUUUGCUGUCUGUGACCUCCAAGGCCGAAGUCAACCCCUUCCAGAGACACUUCAUCCCCAUGGCCUAUGACAAUGGCUCACUACGUUACACUAUGCUUCUCUGUGCUGCAAAGCAUCUCUCCCUUCUUGUGAAUCAACCACAGGACCAGCAACUGAUUCUGCGCUACCAAGGACUUGCACUUCGAAACUUGAAUGAAGCUCUGAGCGACGAAAACGAAGCUCUUUCCAAUCCCACUCUAGCGGCGGUAUUGUUGAUGCAGCUAAGCCAGAUGUUUGCUUCGGAUCAGGAGUCGAGAGCAGAUCAUCUAGUUGGCGCCAAGUACAUCAUCGCGAAGAGGCAUCGUCUCGCCAACAAUCCGGACUCCUGUGGUCGAUUCCUGGAAAGCUUAUUCAAAUAUCACGAUGUCAUGUCCUCAAUCACGCGAAGUGACCGCCCCCUUCUGAAUCAUGAUUGCCCGCCAGCCUCGGACUCGGACGCAUUUCUUGGAAGUAUUGAGCCGCUAUUGGAGAUCAUUUCCCAGAUCAGUGAACUUCAGCCGCGGAAGAAGCUCAUAUCUCAGAACUCAGUCGAAGAUACUGAUGAAGCGACUAGCGACUCAUUCAUUCGCAUUAGUGGCUCACUCCUGGAGACUCAACUGGAGAGCUGGAAUUCACCACGUAAGGAUGCAGACUGGUUCAAUACCGCCGAGGCGUUUCGUCAUGCCGCAUUCAUUUACCUGUAUCGUGUGAUCGAUGAUAUCGGCGCACCUGACCCCCGCACAUUGUAUCACGUCAAGCAGUGCGUUGAGGCCCUGAGAUCCACAGCAAUCACCUCGCCUCUACUGUCCAUCCAUGCCUGGCCUAUCUUCACGGCAGGAUGUGAGGCGCUAGAAGCAUCUGAGCGGGACUUCUGCCGCCAAAGGCUUGACGACAUGUUUAAUGACCGCAAACUAUUGUCAUUACUCCGCGUCAAACGAGCAAUGGAAGACGUCUGGGAUCAAAAGGAUCGAGAAGCCCUAUUUGGUGCAGACGUGGGUAAACUCGACUGUAUCAAUGUAUUAAAGCAGAAAGGAAGCAAUAUUGAUCUCGGUUGA